AUGAAUCAACAAGAAACAACUACAAAAAUCAGUGUUGAUAAAGAAUAUAGAAAGUAUGAUUAUUCAAAGAACUUUGACAAGACAUUGACAGAAGAAGAAGAAGAUCCAACGAAUUGUUCGUCAACAUUACUUAAGCAUCAAUCUCAAUUAGAGAGUCGUCUACUCACUCGUGAUGAUCUGAUUAAUUUAGACAAAAUCGAACCUCGUUGGAGAUAUAUUCGAUUAGGAUUAUUAAUUGGAUUUGGGAUUAUAUUUUUUGGUCUUUUAACAGCAUGUAUUGUUUACAUAAUUGUUGGAGAAAAAUGUCCAUCUGUGCCCAAAUUACCAUUUUGGAAAUCAACAGUUGGUUACUGGUUAGAUGUGUUUGCAUUUAAAGACUCUUCUGGCGAUUUAGUCGGAGAUCUAAACGGACUCACAUCUGAAGUAGAUUACAUCAAAACUGUAGUCGGUGCAGGAUAUGUGAUAUUGGGUCCCAUUACUAAAGGAUUUUACACUAAUUCAUACAAUAUGCUCGGAUUAGUGGAAGAUUAUGAACAGUUAGAUGAGGCAGUCGGCACAAUGGCUGAUUUUCGUAUUCUUUUAAAACAAUUUCAUAAAAAGGAUAUAAAAGUUAUCUUGACAUUCGAUUUCAAUGCCAUAUCCAUCAGUCAUAAAUGGAUCAUACAGAACAAAGUCAAACUGAAGUUGUUUGAUGAUGACUUUAAGAACAAGAAGUCACGAUAUGGAAAUCGAUUGGACGUGAAUAUUAGUCAUCAAAAAUACUAUUCAGUUUUUGAAUAUCCAAGCAUAGAUCUAGAUUUAACUUCUUCCGAAACUCAGAAAGCAAUAUUUGAUGUGAUCCACUUUUGGAUGAAAGAAGGAAUAGAUGGAAUUCUCCUGGAUAAUGCUGCAUUUUUUGUUGAAGAAAAAGAAGAAGAAGGAACACAGAGCAACCUCAGUUCAACAUGGUUGGAAAACUGUCCCAAUUCUCAAUUAUAUAGAAAUGGAAGUGUGAAAUUUGUUGAAGGUGUAAGAGAAGAAAUGAACAAGUGGAUUAAGGACAGUGGAAAAGAAAAAUUAUUGGCUGUGAACUCUGGUGAUACAGGUUGUGGUGUGGGCGAUAAUCCAGAUCCAAUGUUAAUGUUCCGAGAUGUGGCUGAUUUAAUAAUCAGUCGCGAAUUUGUAUGGGGGAGAGGUGAAAAAGAACGUGAAUUAACAUUUAACCAAACAGCUCUACAAAAAUAUCUCACAUAUACAGAUUCCGACAAAGAGAUACUUGGUUUGACCACUAGCACUGUUCAUAUUCCGCCAUAUGGAGAUACGCUUCAGCUUGCGACAACAUUGUUAUUGCCAGGACUACCAGUAAUUUAUUAUGGAACUGAGAUUGAUGUAAACAGAGUCACUUCACAAUAUCUUCCUGUAAGUAUUUAUCCGAAAGGAAAGAGUUAUAAUGAUGAACCAUUUGAUAAAUAUUCGUCUGUGUUAUCUCAUAUGCCAAUGCCAUGGGAUUUUAAUGGGAAGAGGUUUUCGGCGACAAUAAAUGAUUCGAGAUUUCGUGACUAUCUCAAUGAUUAUAAUAACAAAAAAGUUGUUGAAAGUGAACUUGCUGAAGGAAAUGACAAAUCCGUUCUUCGUCUUGUACAAAAAUUAGUAGCUUUACGUCAAAAUCCUAGUAUAAAAUGGGGAACGAUAGAGCAAAUAAAUAUUGACCAAGAAUCUGUAAGUCAUGCUGAAGCAUUUGCACGAAAGGCGAAAGGUUUUCCAACAUUCAUUGUGGUAUUAGUAAAGUAUUUCAAGGAGGAUUACUUUUUAGAUUUAACUUCUGUUUGUUCAUCAAUUACACCAAGGGUAAUUUAUCCUUCACAUCCACAAUUAUCAGUUGACAAUGCAUUAUCAACCUCAAAAAUAUUCAUCCCCAAACUGAUAUAUUCUAGUUACAUUUUAGUAUUUGAAUGUAAUUAA